AUGGUUCAGCUUCAAUACUCUCUGCUGGCCUUUGCCGUUUCCCAACUUGUAUCGGCCUUUCCCAAGCCAGAUGGAGAUUCUACACUUCAGCAGCGCCAGGCAGGGCCGAAUGACCAAUUUGUCUUCGCAAUCUGUCCUCGGAGCCCCCAGAAAUGCUCCCAAUGUGGAGGCGACAGCCGGAAGAAAGGCUUCUGCGACAACGAGAUUGCCACAGGAUACAGAUCAGACUAUAACAGAUGUGUGAGAUGGCACGGGGAAGGGGAAGGAUGCGGGCUGAACUGCGAAUGUAUCUCAGAGGAGACAGGCAAGCCAGGAACCGGGGCGCCACCUAUUAUUCCAUUCCCACCUAUUCCAGUGGGGUUUGUUCCACCUCCUGCUGCGGUGCCGAAUCCGAAGACGGAGGAAUCGUGCGGUAAUGACUACACCAAGACUAGCUGUAACGAUUGUGAGCCAUUGGAAGGCUGGUGCACCAAGGGCGAGAAGGCUGGAUGCCCUUGUAGAGAGGAAUGCCCUGCCGAUGACGACGACAACAAGCCGUCUUGUUCAGCCGACGACUGUAAGGGCGAGCAGGGCUCUUGUACUAUUGGACACCACAAGGGCUGUAAAUGCAAGUCCGAAUGUCCUAACCCAGACAAGAAAAUCCUUGUUUGCAGCGACGAUACUUGCAAGUCAGAAAAGGACAACAAAUGCACCACGGACGAAUAUAAUGGCUGUGAUUGUUACCACCUCACAAAAGAUUACUACACAAUGAGAUCCAGAGCCCAGGUCCAAAGCGAUACGGCAGCAAUCGAAAAGUUAGUCGCGAGUAUGAAGAAGUUCUACGAUGAACAUGGUCAGGAGGAUGACGAGCCAAAAGACCCAGAGGUUACUUGUGCAAGCAAGGACUAUAGCGAAGCUGUUGAAGUCGACGCCUCGUUCCUUAAUAAACUUGCUGACAAGUUCUGCAGCGGGGACACGGACAAGAAGCGAAGCCAGGACCUGACGGCAAAAGAUAUCUCCUCUGGUGCGUAUGAGAACUAUAAGUUUCAUUUCGAACUCGACCCCGGCGAUGAUUGCAAGACGGACUGCAAGGCCGCUUUCAAGUCUAUGACUGGCAAGUGCCAAGGUCUCGACAGCCACUCCAUCCAAAAAUCAGCCAAUGCCAAAGUCCCCGAUUGCGGCGCCAGCUUCAGCUACGAAAUCACUGUCCCCGAGGCGGAGGAGGCCCCUGAUACGUUUACUCAGGAGGGGCAGCAGGAGCGAGUAUGCCAUACGAUCGAGGAGAUUGGCACGCAUGGGGACGUCCGCGGGGGUGAAAUGAGUAGAGCAGCUCUGAUGUGCUUAAACGUCGAGGAUGACAAGGCCCAGUUCACAUCCGGGUCAGAGCCAGUUACACGUACGAUGGAAUCUGGCGGAACCCAGUACGCCAUCACCAUGUCCUGGGUUGACAACUGCGAAGGAGAUAGCCAGGAUGUGCGGUAUCCUCAUGGGAAGGAGAACAACAGGCUCGGUGAUACGUGUUGGAUGUUCAUGUUGCAUAAUUGGCAAGACUGCACCGGCAAUAAGGGUGCCGGUGGGUACAUUGACUAUGGCUGUGUGAGAUAUGACUUUAGGCCUACUUUUGACUAG